GGCUGCCUGUGGUCUCCAGCGUCUCGCCAGCACACAGUAGGUGCUCAAUACAUUUCCUGAAUGAGUCCUCAAGCCUCCACUCCAAGGACAUAAGCAGUUUCUCCAGCCUCUUGGUGCGGUCAGGACUUGUCUUGCUGAUUAUCACACACCUGGAUAACGUUCAGGUGACUGGAGAACUCUCACGUGGGCAGUCCCCUAGUAUCCAGCCCGGGUCACUGAACAACCCUUUCCCGGGCCCCCACCCCACAUGAUCAGCGCAUAAGAACCCGGCGGGCCAUUGCCAGCAGUUAAUAUGGCGACUGCGGCGACAGUACAUGGCGCAUGCGCCUUGCGAGGAGGGGCCAGGUACGAAAGAUGAGAAUACGGCUCCUCCUUCUUCCUCGUCCCACCCUAUUUCCGGCGGAAGCGGCCGCAACAAGGGAAACUUUAUUGUUCCCGUUGGUGCAGUGAGGAUGUCGGUGAAUUACGCGGCGGGGCUUUCGCCGUAUGCGGACAAGGGCAAGUGCGGUCUCCCGGAGGUCUUCGACCCCCCCGAGGAGUUGGAGAAGAAGGUGUGGGAGCUGGCACAGCUCAUCUGGCAGUCCUCCAAUGUGGUGUUCCACACAGGCGCCGGCAUCAGCACUGCCUCAGGCAUCCCCGACUUCAGGGGCCCCCAUGGCGUCUGGACGAUGGAGGAGCGGGGCCUGGCCCCCAAGUUUGACACCACCUUCGAGAAUGCCCAGCCCACAAAGACCCACAUGGCGCUGGUGCAGCUGGAGCGCGUGGGCCUCCUGCGCUUCCUGGUCAGCCAGAAUGUGGACGGACUGCACGUGCGCUCCGGCUUCCCCAGAGACAAGCUAGCAGAGCUCCACGGAAACAUGUUUGUAGAAGAAUGUGUCAAGUGUAAGACGCAGUAUGUCCGGGACACCGUGGUGGGCAGCAUGGGCCUGAAACCCACGGGCCGGCUCUGCACCAUGGCCAAGUCCAGGGGGCUGCGGGCCUGCAGGGGGGAGCUGAGAGACACCAUCCUGGAUUGGGAGGAUUCCCUGCCUGACCGGGACCUCACCCUGGCCGAUGAGGCCAGCAGGAAUGCAGACCUGUCCAUCACACUGGGCACCUCCCUGCAAAUCCGGCCCAGCGGGAACCUUCCCCUCGCCACCAAGCGCCGUGGAGGUCUCCUGGUCAUUGUCAACCUUCAGCCCACCAAGCAUGACCGCCACGCAGACCUGCGAAUCCACGGUUAUGUUGAUGAGGUCAUGACGCGGCUCAUGAAACACCUGGGCCUGGAGAUCCCAGCCUGGAACGGCCCCCACGUGGUGGAGAGGGCACUGCCGCCCCUGCCACGCCCACCCGCCCCCAAGCUGGAGCCCAAGGAGGAGGCCUCCACCCAGCUCAACAGCCCAGUGCCCGCCAGCCCCAAGCAGGAGCCCACAGCUGAGCCCUGCGCCCAGCACAAUGGUUCCGGACCAACCAACCACAAAAGGGAGUGGCCAGACAGCCAUGCCCCUCGCAGGCCUCCCAAAAGAGUGAAAACCCAGGUGGUUCCUAGCUGACCAGGGGCCUCGGGGAGGACGGGGUUUUUUUUAUAGAAACCAUGGGUUCUUUUUCUUUUUUCUUACUGGUCUCACUUUGUUACUCAUUUCUGUCCUUUGGGGGAGACCUCAGGGUGCUGAGAGCUGGGCUCCAGGCCGGGGGGCAGACUUGCCAUCCACUGGACCUCCCUUUAACUUGGGGCCUAUGGAGGGGGCUUGGCAAGGAGCAUCCCUGCCCCGGAUCCUGAACUUGGAGCUGACAACCCUGCACCUGCUCCACUCCCAGUCUCUAGCCCCUGACUCAGGGUGUUCUUGGAAGGCGUGAUCAGGCCUUCUCUGAUUUCCAGCCUAAACAGGAAUCAAGCCUGUCUGCCUCCUGGACCCUCACAUUCUCCAGUCCCUGCCUAUCCCCACACAGCCUUCACAGCCCCUCUAGGGGGGAGGGGACACACAGCCACCAUUUAGGAGUCAAACCUCGUGGCAGGACAGACAACAGAGGCUCACACUGCCUUUGUGGCUGGAGGGAGACAAGUGGGUCCACCUGACUUCCUCCAGGCUUCCAGAAAAGCCUUCAAUGCAAUAAAAGCAGAAUUUUCUUGCAUCUUGAA